AUGUUCUUGCAUUCAAAAAGUAGAAAACCAUUACCAAAACUUCCCAUAAAUAGAGAUGAUUCAUCAUCUUCCGAACAAUCAUAUCGUAAUCAGCAUCAGAAACGAUAUCAACGACAACCACGAAAUGCAAAUUCUCCCCCAGUUUCACCUUCUCCUCUGGGUUCACCAAUAAAUAAAGGUGUCUCGGAUUUUUACCAAAACGUUUAUCGCCCCUCAAGUGGUGGAAGUCGUAAUAAUUUCUCGGAAAGAGGCAAGGCAAGAGCUUCCGUUGCUUCGAUGCCUGACUCUAACAUCCAGCCUGCAGAACGAUCACCGUCUUCAAGUUCUUCUUCACAGACACUUUUUCAAAAGGAUUUUGAUAAAUUAGCUACUCACCGUUCUAAUACCCCCGCUAAUUUAAAUAAUUUGGAACAAAAUGUUCAGGAUAAUGUGGAAAUGAAUGUGUUAAAUGAUAGACAUACAAGCCUACCACCUACAACAUCAAUGAGUCAUCGACCACGUCCUCAAGCGGAAGGUCCAACCCCUUUAUCCCCCGAAAGACCUAAAAGUCCUUCAAAAGGUUUAAUAAGAAUGCCAUCUAUAAUAAGAGGCCUUAAUGAUUCCACUAAUGCUGAAACUGCAAAUUCUCCUCCACGCCGUCAAAAAUCUCUCGUUAGACCUGAACGUGCACGUAACAAUAAUUAUCGUAAUAGCAGAAUUGGCACUUCGGCGAGGCAAAUGUAUGAUGACCAAAUUGGUGAUGAAGAAACGAAAAGAUGGAGUGUAUUUUCUGGUCCGGGGGGUGAUGAUAGAAGAAAAAGUCUCAUGUCCAAAAGAAGUUCGAAAGAACCUCCAAGAAAAAAAAAAUGGUAUCAAUGUCAGUGCCCAUCUUAUUGGGUAUUAUUUUCCCGUGUUAUUACUUUUUGGGCCCCUUCUUCCAUCUUAUCAUGUUGUGGUAUGCAUGAUAGGUCGGUACAACAAGCUUGGAGGGAAAAAAUUGCUUUAGUUACGAUCAUUAUAUUACUUUGUAUUUUAGUUGGUCUCUUGACCUUUUCUCUUCGAGAUGCCCUUUGUAGGAAACUACCCUUUGAAACGAUUCCGGUUGGUCGUGUCGUAAAUGGCCAAGCAACAAUAUUAGGAAAGAUUUAUGAUUUACAAAGCUACCAUCAUAAAGUGGUUCCUCCUUUUGUUAAUAAUUCAGAUUUAUCUAGUCCAGAGAAUGCUCUUCUUAAUCGAGCUGAUUUAUCAUUCUUGUUUCAAUCGGUCAACUUUGAAUGUAAAGACGUGUUGAAACCUGACGUUGCAAAUGCUGAUGGAUCGGUACUGAAUUAUUUUCCUUGUGUGCCUGUACGUGAAUAUGAUAUCCCGAAUCCAGAUGCAAACCCAGAAGGCAGGGGUUGUCAUCCAAAUUAUAGUGAACGAGUUGAUGCUCUCAGUCAAUUCAAGUUAAUAGGAGAAAUCUACUUUGAAUGGAGAGAUGUUGAAAAUUCUGAAAGAAAAUACGUUGUAUAUAAUGGUCAUGUUCUUGACCUAGAUCGAUUCCAAUGGACGGUUCCAAAUAUUAAUUUACCUGAAGCAUUAAAUAAAUUAAUUGAUGAUGAUGAUGGCAUAUUCCACGGUCACGACAUCACUCAUUAUUUACAAACGAGUCACGAAAUGGUUAAAAUAGGCAAGUGUAUGGAUUCCAUCGUCCGGGUCGGUGUCGUUAGUUUAACACCACCAGGUUGCCUCGUCACUGAUGUGAUAACUUAUGUCAGCUUAAUUGUAAUCGUCAGUGUGGUUUUGGUUAGAUUUUUUUUGGCUGUUUUAUUUGGUUGGGUUUUGAGUUGGCGUCUUGGUAAUUUUCGUGAAGAGACUGCAGAAGAGAUUGCCCAACGAGAAAGUGAUAUAGAGCGUUGGUCAAAUGAAACUAACCAUUUACGGUCAAACGCAAGGGAUUCGAGACAAGAUUCUGCAUCAUCAUUCAAUCUCACUAAUAAAUCAAGAUUUUCAACGCUUCCUCCUGGAUCAGCACCAUUUGUUGAACGAAGAAGACCAACUAGCCGACAAUUGUAUCCGAACCAACCUGGUAUGAAGAAUUUUAAUGACGGCUCAACCAGUUCACUUUUGGGACCAAUGUCGACUAAUGGUAAUUCCGUAGCUAUGACGAAAGAUUCGAACGGACUUGUCAAGACAAGUCAUUCAUCUUUUAACGAAAACAACAGUCAAGGUCGAACGGACUCUCUGUCUUCCACCUCAUCGGACGCUCAAGUCUCUUCCCAUCCAAACUUGGACCUUACCAGCGAAGCGCGAUUAAACUUUUCAUCGAAGCACACCAUCAUGUUGGUUACAUGUUAUUCUGAAGGAUUACAAGGAAUACGGACGACCCUUAACUCUUUAGCAAAUACGGAUUAUCCUACUUCACAUAAACUGAUUAUGGUCAUCGCAGAUGGGGUAAUUUUUGGUGCCGGAAAUGAACUUUCCACUCCGGAUAUUUGUCUUUCUUUGAUGUCCGAUUUUGUUGUACCCGUUGAUAAUGUAAUGGCGCAUUCUUACGUUGCCAUUGCUGAUGGAAAGAAACGUCACAAUAUGGCCAAAGUGUAUGCUGGUUAUUACAGAUAUAAAGAUUCAACGGAGAAAGUCCGCAAAGUUCCAAUGGUGACGAUCGUAAAAUGUGGAGGUCCUGAUGAACAGGAUGACAAAAAACCUGGCAAUCGUGGAAAACGUGAUUCUCAAAUUAUUCUCAUGAGUUUCCUACAAAAAGUCAUGUUUGACGAUAGGAUGACACCUCUCGAGUAUGAAUUCUUCAACUCAAUUCGAACGGUUACCGGCGUUACCCCAGAUUUCUUUGAAAUCGUUCUAAUGGUUGAUGCUGAUACAAAUAUUUAUGCUGAUUCGGUGACAAGGAUGGUUGCAUGUAUGGCAAAUGAUUCCUCGGUUAUGGGUAUUUGCGGUGAGACAAAAAUCGCCAACAAAAGCGAUAGUUGGGUUACGAUGAUUCAAGUGUUUGAAUAUUAUAUUUCUCAUCAUAUGCAAAAGGCCUUUGAAUCAAUUUUUGGCGGUGUAACAUGUUUACCGGGAUGUUUUUGUAUGUAUCGUAUCAAAGCGCCAAAGGGAGAUAGAGGAUAUUGGGUACCGAUCCUUGCCAAUCCGGACAUCGUUGAACAGUAUUCAGAAAAUAUCGUUGAUACACUCCAUAAGAAGAAUUUAUUACUUCUUGGAGAAGAUAGAUAUUUAUCAACGUUGAUGCUUCGAACAUUCCCAAAAAGAAAAAUGAUGUUUGUACCUCAGGCAGUAUGUAAGACAAUUGUGCCCGAUACAUUUAGGGUACUUAGAUCACAAAGACGUAGAUGGAUUAAUUCUACGGUACAUAAUUUAUUAGAAUUAGUGUUGAUUCCAGAUCUGUGUGGGACCUUCUGCUUUUCAAUGCAGUUUGUUAUCUUUAUGGAACUAGUUGGCACAGUAGUGUUACCGGCUGCUAUAUCAUUUACCGUAUACCUUAUUAUAAUUUCAAUCGUUAAAAAACCUGUACAAAUUAUUCCACUUGCACUUUUAGCCGCCGUUUUAGGUCUACCAGCGAUUUUAAUUUUAUUGACAACUCGUAAAAUUGUUUAUGUUGGAUGGAUGUUGAUUUAUUUAUUAUCAUUGCCCAUAUGGAACUUCGUGUUGCCUGUAUAUUCAUUCUGGCAUUUUGAUGACUUCUCAUGGGGACAAACGCGUAUUAUUAAAGACGAAGAAGCAGGAACGGAUCAUUCACGCAAGGAAGGAGAAUUUGAUAGUACAAAGAUCGUAAUGAAAAAAUGGGCAGAGUGGGAACGUGAAAAAUAUCUGAAGUCAAAAAACCCGAUUCAACAACAAAUUUCAUCAGUUCUAAUGAGUCCGGAAGAAAGGUUUCAAAAUUCAAUAAGGCAAGGGGGAAAUGAAAAAUCUUCGUAUCAAACAAUUACGCUACCAAGAGGAUCUGCUAAAAGAAAUACUACUGUAGUAGCUCAACAGUCACAGUUGUUACGGAUGAUUUGGCGUCCUCUCCAACCGAAGCAAUAG